AUGUCGGUGCUUGUAAUCAGACGGGCAGCUGUUAUUCACAAAGGCUCUCCUACGGAUCUGUAUCCUUCUUUGUGCAGGGAAUACCAUGGAUCUCAAGCCAGUCAGGUCAAGGUGCUGUCGGCGGGGAGCUCCGACAACACAGCGCUGGUCAUCCUCACCGUGGUGCUCGUGGCCUGCGUGGUGGGAAUCCUCAUCGCCACGGUAACGGUGUACUGCCUCAAGAAGCGGUCCAAUGAGAAGGCCAAGGUGACAGAGCUGAAGCAGACCGAAGGUGAAAACGGCAACGAGGCUUCUGCUGAUUACCAGGACCUAUGCCGUCAACGCAUGGCGACCAAGUCGGACAAGCCUGAACCGCUCACCCGUGUGAGCAGCGUGGCAGCCAGCGAUGGCGCUCAACCCAGUCCAUCCAGCCGCAGCAGCACGUCGUCGUGGAGCGAGGAACCCGUCCAGUCCAACAUGGACAUCUCUACGGGUCAUGUGGUCCUGAGUUACAUGGAGGACCAUUUGAAUAACAAAGAUCGAAUGAGCAAGGAGUGGGAGGCCCUCUGUAGUUACGAGGCUGAUCCCUGCAACCAGGAUGCUGGCAAGGCACCUGAGAAUGAGAACAAGAACAGGGUCAAGACUGCCAUUCCUUAUGACCAUACGAGGGUGAAGUUGACGGAGGCCAUCAGCGCCAAUAAGUCGGAUUACAUCAAUGCCAGUGCUAUUAUGGACAUUGACCCCAGAGCUCCGGCUUACAUCGCCACCCAGGCUCCACUAGCCAACACCCUGGCUGACUUCUGGCAGAUGAUUUGGGAGCAGGGAUCGGUGGUGAUCGUCAACCUUACGCACAUGUCUGAGACGGACAUCAACCGAUGCCGUUACUGGCCCGACGAGGGGAGCGCCCUCUAUCAUUUCUACGAGGUGCAUCUGGUUUCCGAGCACGUCUGGUGCGAAGACUACCUGGUCCGAAGCUUCUAUCUGAAGAACUUGGAGACUCAGGAGACGCGUACGGUAACCCAGUUCCACUUCCUGACAUGGCCCGAGACUGGAGUCCCUCCAUCACCGAAGUCAUUACUGGAAUUCAGAAGAAAAGUGAACAAGUCAUUCCGUGGUCGAGCUUGCCCCAUCGUUGUCCAUUGCAGUGACGGCGUUGGACGCACCGGGACGUACUGUCUGCUGGACCUGGUGCUGACCAGGAUGCUGAAAGGGGUCAAGGAACUGGACAUUGCUGCCACCCUAGAACACAUCAGAGAUCAACGUCCAGGCAUGGUCCAGACCCAGGCCCAGUUUGAGUUUGCACUCACCGCCGUAGUGGAAGAGGUCAACGCAAUCCUGAAGGCUUUACCUCAAUGACCUUCGACCUCCGCACCAGAGGUCAACCGUCCCUCCACCGGAAACACAGGCUAAGUCUUCACCGGGUAUUUGAACCUACAACUCACUGACCAGUGCGCAAGGUGCAGUUACUGCCAAACCACACAGCAUAAAGGCAUCUAGCACGCUUCGUCACAAAAAUAUAUAAAAAAAUCAGAUUAUUGUAUUCAUCCAAUGUGUUUUAUUCUCAUCUUCUUAAAUAAUGUCUCAGACGGUAGUUCAAAUUUUUAUAAAUUCAAGGAGAAUUUGAAGUGAUAAUAACGUUCCAAUGCUCCUAUCUUACAAUAGGCAGGUAAAAUGAGGGCCAAACCAAGCCCCCAUACUACCUUUUUUGUGCAAUUUGUGUUGUUUUGUGAAUAGAUGUAAGAUGAUGAAUAUUGUACAAAAAAAAUACAAAUUAUAUGAAAAUAAAUACAGAGGCACUUAUUUAAAAUUUGAGAGCAAGAAUUAUAAUUGUACAAGUUUGUGAUUCAACAGUGAUGCUGAGUGAGUGCACUGUGUUAAAAAAAGCAGAGUUUAGUUUUAAAAGCUUGAUUUCAAUGUGUUGACUGUAGGCCUAAAACUAUGUCUUGUUUAGGGAUUGGUGGAAAUUUGUCGUCAAACGCCCUUUGAAAGUACACAUUCUAAGCACCUUAAUCUAUCUCGUUGUUCCCAGGUUUCCCACACGCUAGUUCUUGUCGUGUGCUUUGAAUGUAGAUUUUGAUUAGUCUUAUGCAAGGAUGCGGUAGCUCCAAAAUAAAUUUGAAUUUAGACCAAACCACUGCACUGCAUAAUGCGCACACCAGAUCAUACAAGAUGAAUUUUAUUUUGUGAUAUUAAUGUUCUCUUUACUCGAGGUAAACAGAUUUAUCCUAUCAGUGUGCUAUUUAUGUACCACAAUGAUCUUUGGGAGAUUUUUGUUUCAGUUUGUGUAAGUCUCUAGGAAAACUGGGCUUAAGGAGAAUUGGGGGGGGGCAAUAAUGAAUGUGAAAUGUGCAUAUUUAUCUAAAUUUCUUUAUUCAAUAAUUGUGAUUAAAUUAUCAUCAAUCAUGUGAGGAUAUAAUAAGUCCAGCUACAGGACUCAAAUCAUGUUAUGCAAUAUCGCAGUUGAGGUCAUUGGAAUUGGACUUACGGUGUGUUUUUCGUCAAAGAUUGAAUAAUUAGAUUAUGCAAUUUCAUUCAAAAUCAUCAAGGACAUUUGUUUUUGUUUUUAUCACAGCUUAUUAAUCAUUCCUCUGUAUAUUUUGUGGCAACCAGCUGCGAUUAUAAUCCAAUCAUUUAAUUCUUAAUAUCCAUUUUCUUGACAUUUGCAUUCCUUUGACUUUCUUUUUUCUUCUCUUUCUUUGUGUCUUUCUUUUGUGUUGAUGUGCAAUGUAUCUUGUUAAUGUAUUCUCUCUCUCUCUCUCUGUAUAGUAACCUACCUUCUAUUUCAUCUUCUUUGAUAUUCAGACAAUAAGAACUUGCCAGGGUAUAAAAAUGAGAUAUUAAUAUUAUGUCAUGUGAUAUCCUGAUAUAAUCAAUAAGAAUGAAUUAAAUUCAUCUGAAUAUGAAUUCAUCUUACUCUCACCAAGUAUCUUUUGACUCUCGAUGUGUUGCCAACUUGGUAUCAUACCUUCCCAUCAUCCUCUCUGAUUCACCGAGGUCCGCGCUUUAUUUACGAGAGGAACCUCGCCAGAUUACAUCUCACUAUCAAUCCGGGUUGUGUCCAUUUUAAGACGGGCGAGUCAUGGAGGGAUUUAUGACCAUGAAAUAAUAAAAGCAAUCUAUUAAUAUUACACAUCAUGUUUAUUGUCGGUUGAAAACAAUAUUAUAGUCCAACUGCCAGGUAUCGGAUUACAGUCUAAUUUUGGUUGAUGAUGGUCUAGUUUGAUCCCUCGGGACCGGUCUAACAUCACAUUAAUUCAACGGUCUCUUCAUUGCUCUGUAACUCUCCUGUGCAAUAUGAUCUGUGUUUGGUAAUAUGUUGUUAUGCUAUGAGGCAGUAACUGCUAAUUCUGAUACACAACUUUAGCAACUUUAUCAGUGAUGAAUGCUAUUAAGCUUGUGUUAUAAUUUUUCGGUAUUGUAAUCAAAUAUGUUUAAUUUCAUUAUGUGAAAAGGGUAGUGUAAGCUGAGUGACCUCUGAACCCACAACUCCUCUGUUCUUUUGCAUUUUAAAGCUUGUUAAUAAAAUCUGGUUACUUUUAUCAUCCGAACAGGGGCAUUCUUUUCUUAACUAUUUUUAAUAUUAUGUGGUCCGUUCAUAUGUAAAGGAUAAGCUUCACUAAGGAUUAUAAUUUUUGCAAUCACAUAAUGGUAGACUUAAUUGGUAAUCCUGGUCUAAUAUUUAAACAAUAUUAGACAGAAAAAAAAUUAUAAACUUAAGGAGGACCACAUAUUUUUAUUGUUUCAAUCCCUUCAUAAACUAGAUGAAAAUAUUCAUCAAUAUUUUAGGAUAUUAUGGCUUAGUGCUCUGCUUAACCAGCAGAAGUUUAGAAUUAAGACUGAUUAUCUCAUUAUCUUUGACAGGAGGAUAUUUUGAUUUAUUACAAAGAAGAGUCCCUAAUUUCCCGCCUCCCCUCUCAUGGCCCAAUCUUAACUAAUUAUCCUCAAUAAACCAAUUUAGUUUACACGGCUCCGUACUUUUGAAAAAAAUAUAAUGUUAAUCAAUUUUUCCUUCUCUAGUUGAUUAAUUAUCGCAGAAAAUGAAUUUACAUUAAGAGAUGAUAUUGAUCAAUAUACCAAGGUCACAACCAUGUAACUAUUGUUGAGUAACAUCUAGUCAUGACAGAAAUUACAAGACUUUAAAUGAAAUGCAAAUUCUUGCAUACUUAUUCGUUGAGAUUCAUGAUGAAUCUUGAAUUUUUUUUUUGCAAAGUAUUGUUAGUUAUGAAUAUUCAAUUCACUGCAUCUAGUACUUAUACAAAAUAUGUAGAAAUAUAUUUAUGAAUAACAUGGAAAUGAAUCUUCGAGAUUUUUCCAAAAUAUCUACAAAUUUUAAGAUGAAAUUAAUAUUUGUCAGAGCUUAUAUUUUUAUCUAAAAGACUUCUUUCAUUUGUGUUUUUAUGUCGAAGGAUAGGGCUUGAUUGCCAAAUGCCACCUCUGAUUUGUGAAAAAUCUGCCUCUUGGACAUUUAUUUGAUCACACCAUGUGAAAGAAUUUUUGAAACAUGAAUGUUCAGAUAUUUAAGGAAAUACUUUGGUAAAAUGAAAUUAAUUUUUAAAAACUGGUGCAAGCUUGAUUGAUUAUAUUCAUCUCAAAAUAAUCACGGAGUAUUGCUAUAAUCUAUUCUUGGUGUUUCACCUCUAUCCAUUCCAUCAUGUGUAUAAAUUUCAUUAUUUAUUCUCUCUUUCAAACUUUCUAAUAUCUCAUGAGUAUUUCUAAGAUUUUGGCUAAUUUCACUCUUCGAACCUGCAGAAUUUUAGAAAAAAGAUGUUUGCAUGAAAUUCCUCUGCUGUUGCAACAACUGAAAAGAGAAAGAAAAUGGACGGGUACAACUGUUCUAUAUCUUUCCAGUGUCCAACUUUUGAAAGUAUUAAUUUGAUGCUUCGAUUUUUGUGUUCUAUGUGUAUAGUUUUUUGAAGAUGUGAAUAAACGGCAUGUAGGCAUUGAA